AUGACAAAACCCAGUCUCCUCCAGCUCCCACCGGGAGUUCAACUCGUCUACCUGGCCGAGGGCGGAGCAAAUGUGAUAUACCGCUUUGUCCCAUCCACCUCCCAUCUAGCGGUCAAGAAAGAUGAUUCAAAACAACUGCUCUCGUCAUCUCACGAUGGCGGCGGGGUCACGGUCACUACCCUAACGACUAUCCCCCCAAUCUUCAGAGGCAAAUUACUUCGUCUCCGCAAACAAACCGCAUCAAACAUCAACUAUAAAGAAAUCGCAGCAAAUUUCAAUACCAAAAUUCGGCCCCUUUUCCACGCGGACGAAUUAGUCGACCAAACACUAAUUCGACUCCCGGAUGACCUCAUCCCCCACUGCAAUCAAUUACUCCGCGCCGAAGAACGAAACGGAGGGUCCAGACCUGCAAAACGCCAUGGCAGCUAUCUGGCCUUGAACGAACCAUUCGGUCUACUAAUUACCGACAUGACCGUCUUCAAUGAUGCCGACCCAGGCGCAAGACUGGCCGAGUUCAAGCCAAAAUGGCUACUUCAGUCCCCGUCAGCACCGAUCGGUGCGGAACGGUGUCGAACGUGUGCGCUUCGGGAAAUGAAGAAUCGCGAAGCGAGAGGGUUGGGAGUGAAGGAGUCCCGAUCGUUUUGUCCGCUUGAUCUUGUUUCUGAGCGCUUUGAUGAUGUACUGCGUGCUACGGCGUUUGUUAGGGGUUAUGAUGCUGGUAAUGACCGUGACCGUGAUCGUGUCCGGCUUGCGGAGAUCUUGUUCCGAAAUUCAACUUUGCGGAAUUUACAGUCUAGACAGAAGACUUUUCGGGAGGUUGGGUUGUUGGGGCCUGUGGAGGGGUCGAGGGAAGAUUCGUUGGAUAUGACUCUUCGUGAUUGUACGAUGUUUAUUAAGAUCCCCGGCAACGAAUCAGAACCUGUGGAAAUCCGCCUCGGCGACCUCGACUUGAAAACAGGAGCUGGAGGCAAAGCACAGUACUGGCGAGAUUUGGAGCGCCAAUUAAUCGAUGGAGGCUGGUACUGUACUUCUAGUUCGGACAGCAGCCAGAAACAGAGCGAGUGUGCACUGCGGUCUUCCCGUGAUGAAUUUAAUGGUAAUGGCAAUGGUGUUUAUUCGACAUGA